GAAGUGUCGGUUCUUUAUUUCAAAAACGGAGUUAUGUCAAGCAACAGCCGCAGACUCUUUGACAAAGUCAGCUGUCUUCCGACCAGCUUAUUCAACGCCCAUAAACCAGUUGAAAGGAUAAGUGGAUCGAUGCCCGUCACGUAACCAUUUUCCAGAGUUUUCAGUGAUACCGGCUUGAAAUGACGACAGCAUCUGCUAAUGCCAUGAUUGGAUCGCUGUUCUGCAGACCACUGCACCUGCAUAUAGUUAAAAUCAAAGGACUCAUGAAAGGGCAUCGGAGACAUGUUUGAGUCUCCGGGCCGCGACACUGCUCUUUUCUGUAGCUCUCUGAAGUGCACGAAUGUGAGGUUAUUUGUUAUUUGGUCAUUUGUUGCUUUUGUUUUCAUCGCUAAAAGUGACUGGCGUUGUGCUGGAACGUUUUCCCCCUCUUUGACUUCUUCUCCGCCUUAUUUGUUCGGGUCGUUGGGCUAAAUAAAACGAUGCAGGCCUGAGUUCGUGAAAAUAAAACAGCGGUUCUUUUUGUUUCGUUUGUUUCAUUGCACCUCUGAUAUCUGGACCAAGACCACAGCAGCGCUUCAUGUCAUGCACGAACACGGGGAGGAACUUCUCACACAAAUCACAUAAACGAGGAUGUGUUUUAUUUGUAUUUUUUUCUUACAAUCAAUGAAUGCUUAUAUAUAUUUGAUAGAUAUGGCGUUACAUCCCUGUUUUCUGCGCUGGUUCGAAUAGCUUCAGAAGGACGAUAUUAAUGUGGGCGGACCUUGGCUCAUCUCCAACGGAUCUUUUUUAGGGUGGCUGGAGUAUCGGACUAUUUACUACAGCUUUGUAGUAGGCUACUUCUCGACACCAUCAAGAUUUUGUUUCUCCAUAUGAACCAUCGGACAUUUUUAAGGACAGAAUCAGAGAUCUGAAAUAUUCUACCUCCUCAGCAUUUUGUCAGUAGGCUAUAUAAUGGCCGAAGCCACAGCUAUAGAUAGGUUGAGCACUGCAGCUGCGAGAGGAGAUCUGAAGGAAACUGAGCAGAUAUUGCAAAGCAACGUGAACGUUAAUGAGAGGAACAAGUUCGGCAGGACCGCAUUGCAGGUGAUGAAACUUGGCUGCCCCUCAAUAGCGGAGGCGUUGCUAGGAGCGGGCGCGGACCCAAACGCGCGCGACCCCUUUGGAUGUCUGACCAUCAGUCAUGAUGCCGCGCGAGACGGAUAUCUGGACACUCUACAGGUGCUUGUGAUGAAUGGUGCUGAUGUCAAUCUCCUUGACAGCAAAGGAAACCUGCCUCUGCAUCUGGCGGCGCAGGAAGGACACCUGGGUGUUGUGCAGUACCUCGUAUCUCAUUGCAAGGCACAACCAUUUCUGCCUAAUUCAAAAGGCUGUACACCUCGUGACCUGGCGCUUAUGCACAAAAACCACAGCACUGUGGAGUGGUUAGAUAGUAUUGUGCCAUCAGAAUCCAGCUAGAGAAUAUGUCUAUAGGCAAAUGUGAUUUGUUUUUAUAAUUAGAGGUAGCAGAUAAGAUAAAUGCUGAACUAGCGACUUGUUGCAUUGCAGAACAUUCAGCAAACUACCUCUUAUCUUAUUGCAAUGUAUAAUAUGCUUUUGUAUUUCGGGCUCAGGGGCAUGUCUUUUUGUGAAGAACAAAUAACAUUUUAUUUAGCGUUAGGCUAUGUGUAAUUAUUAUGACCUUCUCAAGUAUAAAAAUGCUUUCAAUUGGCUGAAUGGUUUAUUUUUAGGUCUCUGACAUUGAAAUAGUUCUCCACGUUUGUUGAUAAAUGUUCCUCUGGUUCUAAGUAAAAUACUCCCACAUUUUAGAUUCGUAGAUAAUGUAUUUCACUAUAACUUUCAAUCAGUGACGUGCGGUGAUGUCUUAAAGAGGCUAGGCACUGAAUUAUGAAAGCCAGAUUACCUGAUUUAUUGUUUAAGCUAAUAAUACGUAAUAACAGUGAACGUUACACACAAGCGCGGCAUAUCAAGAAAUGUACAAAUCAGGAUGUAUAUCGUGUACUCUCUCUCUCUCUCUCACACACACACACACACACACACACACACACACAAGUGCGUCAACAGUGAACAUUAUGCAUUUAUCAGAUCCUUCAAAACCUCUCGGUUUUCCUUUACCUUUUCAUUGUGGUAGGUUAUAUUCAGCUUCCUUUGCUCGUCAAGUGCAAGGUCGAUCCGAGAUUUUCCAAAGGUUUUCAGUGUAAUUUGACACUGGAUGUGAGCUGACGACUUUUCAUGCUUGGUUAAAGCUGCGAGCAGGUUGUUCAAAUCACAAUAUCCCGCUGAAGUCCAAACAGUCUGACUGGUUGAAAAAAGCAGGCAGGGAUAGCAGUACAGCCGCUGAUUGUUAGCGCAGCCAUAGCCAAUCUUUUCUUACAUACCAAUCAGUUUGAAAUGAUCGGAUAAUUUUUGGGCCCUUUUGCUGUACUAGUCCAUCUAAGGCUGGCGUAGACCUCCCUCUUGCAAUUAACUCCUAUUUGGAAUUAAAAUCGAGCUUGGAAAAAUUUCUUAAUUCCGUGGUUACGGCCGGUGCUGUCAUUUUGAAUUUUGCGGGGAUUAGGCAUGUAAACUAGCUGUGGUGUAAUGACGUUAGCUACGCAAAUGUCCAGGAAUAUCUCGAUUUUAAUUGGUCCAUGUCUGAUACGUAACGGAGAUGAUUACGGGCAUAACAUAUUUACGUCAAAAGGCACAGCAGAUUUGUGCUUUUUGCCGUACAUGUUAAUGAAUACAGGAUCGAAGUGCGCAUGCGCAACAUGGGUUUUCCGCUUGUCGUCUGCAAUGAAUGGACCGUAAAAGCACUGCUUAUUCUACCAUUUGUUUUUAGUUGAUUAUGCGUAACUGCUACAUUUGUCAUCAUAACGUCUAAACAAUUGGAAUAACACACAUAUUGCAUGUAUAAAUCACAAGAAUAAAAAGUAAAAAUCCAAAUACAAGUUUAUUAUUUAAUAAACAUUUUAUUUUUGAAUUUUGGCAGGGUAGGCAGUGCCUAGUUUGCCUACCCAGACCGCACGUCAGUGCUUUCAAUAUUACAUUUCAGCAAAGCAUUUACGUCCAGUUUUAUAGCCAAAAAAAGAAAGUAUUGUUGAUCAUUUAUUUUAAUGGAUCUGCUUAAAGAAAAAUGUACAUCUCAUUUUAUUGAAGUAAUUGCACUAUAAUAGUCAAUAUCCACUUAACAUUCCCUGACUG